AUGGUGCCUUCAACCUCUGCAUCCGGCGAGGCGGAUGCAUUGCCAUACACGUCGCCAUCGCUCAUCACCGUUCUGGUGCUGAGCUCGUACCUGCUUCUGCUCUCCAUCUUCUACCAUGCCUUCCAACGCCUUUUAUCCGCCGGGAUCCUAGGCCCACUCGUUCUGGGUGCGAUAUACGCGCGACCGCUCGGCGACAUCCUUCCCCCCGACGUGCAGUCGACGGUCCUUUCAAUCGGAUUCCUUGGGCUGAUAUUGCUCAUUGUCCAGGGUGGUGUGGAUGCGAGGAUGGACAUCCUCGCUAGCCCCGUGAACCUCGGCAUGGCGGUGCUGGUGGGUGCGACCGGUGUUGUGCUGCCCAUCGGGCUCAGCAUGGCACUGCUACCGGCGGGGUUCGGGUACGGGUUGCUGGAGAGCUUUACGGUAGGCGCUGCUCUGGCAUCGACUAGUCUGGGUACGACCUUCGCCGUGCUGAGUACGUACAAGGAUCGCACGAAGGAAAGCAGGACGGGAGAGAAGACGCAGCAGGGGAUUGCGGAUACGCGCGUGGGGACCAUCUUGGUCGGUGCUGCUCUGCUCGACGAUAUCAUCGGGCUCGUGAUCACAAGUGUCGUUUCCACACUCGGCUCAUCGACUCAGCCGGGAGGGGGGCUGAGCUCCGUCCCGCCGUGGACGAUUGCUCGGCCAGUGGUAUCGUCCUUUCUGCUGCUCGUCAUUUCAUGGCUUCUGUCGAGGUACAUCCUCGCGCCGCUUGCUCGGUCCAUCGUCAUCCCGGCACUGAUUCGAUACACUUCCGCAGCUCGAACGUCCGCAGACACCUCGUCGUCGGGUCGAGUGGCUGCAGAAUUUCGACGCGCCAUGGUGGGUCUGCACGCCAACCUCGGUCUACAGCAGAUGAUCGCUACGACUCUGCUGGUUUGCACGGUGCUUGCGUACUGCGCGAUCAGCGAGGAGAUUGGCUCGUCUCUGCUUAUCGGCGCGUUCUGCGCAGGUGCAAUGAUGAAGUACCUCUACACGUCGUGGGCGGGACUUACAUCGCCUCGCGAUGGGCAAGCCUGCGUAUGGUCACCCGAGCACCUUUUUUCCCAUACCCCGCUGGGUGUGGUGCAAGAGACGCUGCUCAUGCCGUUUUUCUUCUCGAGCAUUGGCUCUGCCAUCCCCGUCAAGUCGAUGUUCACCGCCAGCACGGUGUGGCGCGGCAUCAUCUUUGCCGGUCUCAUGGCGUUGGCCAAAGUAGCCGCGGGUGCGUGGCUCCUACUCGCCGAUCGACUCGAACGUCGCAAACCCAACGACAUCCAACUCGGUACACUCAAUCCAAGCGCAGAAGAAGAGGGUGUGCAAGAGCCACCAGUUUGGCCAGCGGCACUGUUUCUCGGAGUCAGCCUCAUGUCGCGCGGCGAGAUCGGCUACCUGAUCAUCAACAUCGCCAAUCGCUCCGGCCUUGUUGGUCAACAGGCUUUCAAUGUGGCCAUCUGGGCUAUCACACUCAAUACCCUCGCGGGCCCACUGGCAAUCGCAUUCCUCAUGCGCUCCCAAUACGGUCCCCUCCUCCUGGGCCUCUCACCAGCUUCGCGUCAAAGUCGCUGGUGCUAA